ACCUGACACCCACGUCUAAAUGUUGCACAGUUUGGGGGAAAGAGGGUCUUUAGUGUUCCCAUCUCUGGCUAGACUUGAGGAACCCUAGCUUUGCACUACUUUGGAGUUAGGAAGAAACUUAAGUUACUCAGCUGGCUGUAGGGAGGGAAGCCAACAGUCUCUUGGGCUAGAGCAGGCCUGAUGACUGGGCUCAUGAAAGCUGGUUAAAGAAGGGCUUGGCAGGUGUGGAGCCAGCAUGAAAAGGGUAUUAGGAUGGCUAUGGAUCAGGUUGGAGUUAGAGGGUCAUACAGGACACCCUUGGUUUACCUUCGGUGUCUUAAGAGGGAACCCUCCAGCUUUUUCAGUGAUUGGCAUCGCUAAGCAUGAUGACCACCCUUGAGGACAGUGACAGAAGGACGGUGAAAUUACUAGGGACAGAUUUUACCCACAUGAAUUGGUACUUCACUGUGCAGAGCCCUUUACCCAGCACCCUCAGUCCAAAGGUGAGGAGAUGCCCUUCUUUCACAGCCUGCUCCUUCCUUCACAGUCCUCCUUACUGAGGCCCUCAGGCCAGCCAGGAGAAGACCCGAGCAAAGCUGGUAGCGCUCAGCCCCAAACUGGUCUUCCCACUCUGCCUGGGGCUGGAAUAUCACUUCUGUGGAUGCUUCCCAACCCCUUAACAUCUUCUAGCCACCUAGUUCUUCUCCCCUCCCCUGCAUUGCUAGGGGGUAGGGGAUAUCCAAGGCAUCCCUGUCCCUUGUCUGCCCUGGGUGUGGUUCCUUCCAGAAAGGUUUGGACAUCAUAUUACUUUAAACAAGAAAGUUUGGGUCUUUGGUAUUUCUGGCACUAGGGAUUGUCUCUAAGCCUUGAAAAGUUUAUGUUUUAUUUUUGUUUUAAAUGCCCAUUUCAUUUUUGCUUUAUUUGUUAUUGGAGCUAGGGAUGAACCCAGGGCCUGUUGUACCCUAGGCAAGUAUUCCACCACUGAGAUACAUCUCCAACCCCCCUUGAAGGUCUGAAACAAGAAAAAAGUUGAGAUUCCACCUGGCAUCAGUUCUUCCUCUAAUUGGAGCUCUGGAGGAGGGGACCAGGAAGUACAGCCUACUCCCCAUGGACCUGCUCUAGAGUAGGUAGGAGAGAGCAGUGGUCUUUCCUUUAGCGGUCCCUGGCCAAAUCCAGGUCUGGUAUCUCAAAUACUAAGGCAAAUCACUUCAUCAGUCUCCUGCCAACGAGAAUGACCCUUUUGCUGGAACAGGGAUGAGUUCAAUGGUAACACUAGCUAAUAGGACCCUUGCUUGUGUGCCAGGCAUUAAACACGCGUGCUCACAAAGCCCCUGUGAGGUUAAGAAAAACCCAUGACAGACAGGCAAAGCCACACCAUUUAUCUGUUGGACACAGGUUUUCUCUCCAUCUAUUCCACAAGUACCCAUUUACUGCUUACUAAGUAUUCUUUCACUAAGAAGGGACCUAUAUUCCUACCCCUCCUGAGGGUGUGCUGCUUUGAAAUGGGCUUGGUUAUUGAAAUCUCUUUCCUUCCCUCUCUUUUUGCCUUUUUGAGACAGGGUUCCCUGUAACCCCAGCUGGCUCAGAACUCGCUAUGUAGACCAGGCUGACCCUGAGAUCACAGAGAUCUGCCUGUCUCUGCCUCCUGAGUGCUGGGCCCAAAAUCUGUUUCUAAUCCAUGGUAGAAUAGCUGUUUGGAGGGAGAUGAGGCAUGUGGCAGUGUCUCUAGAAACCCUUGUAAAUUUCUUUCCAGGUACCCCAUCAGGACUACUAGUCAAGAACUGUUCCCAUUUCACAAAGGAGAAAAUAGGGUUAAGGACUUAAAUGACUUGCCAGAGAAAAUGACCUUGAACUUCUGCUCUCCUUGGGAGUCUCAGUUACAAAUUAAAUGCCUCACUAGAACACACAGCUGGGUGGGGAAAUGGCAAUGACACUAGGACUACAGAGGUUUGUGGAGGAAGCUGGCAAGGAGGUAACUAUUCUGCUUGUCACAUAGCCUGGGUAGGUAUCGAAACACCUUGGAGAUGUUGCCUCUUUUAGGACUCAGGAUUAAAUGACACAGAAGGGAGAUGGGUUUCUAGUCGGCUUUGAUAAAGCCCAGAGUGGGUUAGUGGUGGGCAGACAGGUCAUGCCCUUCUUUGGGAGAAGGGAUGAUAAGGAUACAUACCUAAUUUUCCAAAGCCUGGGCUCGGGAUAAGGUCACACGAAAAAACUACAACUCCCAUAAGUCUCUGUUCCCAGGCAAGCAGGCCAUAGUUGCCAUGGUUUCGGAAAACAAUAUGGCUGCUCCCAGAUGGGACUGGAGGCUGUGGUUUAGGGACUUAAACACAUAGAUCUGAACGCCCACAGUGGCGAAAGAGGACACACUUAAGAAGCCCUGGGAUUGGGGUUAGACUCUGUUGGGAAAGGCCUGGCCUUGCCCAGGGAGCCAAUGGCGAGCAGUGUGGACGAGGAGGCGCUGCACCAGCUGUACCUGUGGGUAGACAACAUCCCUCUGUCCCGACCCAAGAGAAACCUCUCCCGGGACUUCAGUGAUGGAGUCCUGGUUGCAGAGGUUAUCAAGUUUUACUUCCCCAAGAUGGUGGAGAUGCACAAUUAUGUCCCUGCCAAUUCUCUCCAGCAGAAGCUCAGCAACUGGGGACACCUAAACAGGAAGGUGCUGAACAAGCUGAACUUCUCUGUCCCAGAGGAUGUGAUGCGAAAGAUUGCACAGUGUUCUCCUGGUGUAGUAGAGCUGGUGCUCAUCCCAUUGAGGCAGCGCUUGGAAGAGCGACAGAGACGCAGGAAGCAGGGUGCCAGCUCCUUACAGGAGUUGGUUCCUCAAGACAGCAGUGGCUACAUGGAUAUGGGGUUGUCCCAGAAGACCCGAGGGGAAGGUGCUCCAGACCCAGUAGGAGGAGAGCAACUCAGGGGGGGCCGGCCACUGGCGCCCCGACCCCCUGGAUAUAGCCAAGCGCUGCAGGGAGAUCCAAGCUUUGUCCUCCAGAUCGCUGAAAAGGAGCAGGAGCUGUUGGCCUCUCAAGAGACAGUGCAGGUCCUGCAGAUGAAGGUGCGGCGUCUAGAACACCUGCUCCAGCUCAAGAACGUGCGUAUCGACGACCUCUCCCGUCGGCUCCAGCAGGCCGAGCGCAAGCAGCGGUGAGCGGCCCCGGCUGCGCCGCUUCCCACUACCCGCCAGAGCCCAGACGCCGCGACCCACCCAGCAGCAGAUGCGGAUUAGGAGGGCAGAACCAGCUGUUCGCACGCGCCUCCAGAGGCUGCAGCGCCUCGCGGUGGAGGGUUGGGGUGAGCGCGUGGGCGCUCCAAGUUGGGGGAACCCGAGACUGAACUUCCUCCUUACACUCCAUCCGAGCCUGGAGAAGGGACUGCUUUCCGGAGCCCAGAAGCCAUGUACGGAAACGUGUCCACCUUGGUGCUCCCGGCACUGGGCCUGGAGAGGCAGUCUUCUGGUUCACGCCACUCCCCCAGAACUGGGUUCCUCCUCAGCUCAGCAGAUAGCAGCAUCUCCAUCCAGGCCAGUUCUCCAUGGCCUCGGACACGCGGAAAGCUACCCCCGGAAGCAGAGGGAUUCCCUUGCCCCUCCUGGGUGCUCACCUGGGACCCAUCUCAGGGCUGGAAACCACAGCAGCUUAAGGGGAAGGGAUAAGGUGUGAGACUAGCUAGGAAUAAGUGAGACAUCUAGCUAUGCAACGAACCUCCUCGCAUUGGCGUACUUUUUAGGAGUGCCUGGGGAAUACAGGUCAGAGUUGUUCCAUAAAAAGUCGUGUUGUGCUUUCCUUCCUGUAUCUGCCCUCUUUUUCUGCCUGCAUUGAUCCCUGAAGGCAGUGAGCUUUUGCCUCUUGUCUUCCACCCCUCCCACCUGCCUGCCCUUGUAAGUGAAAACAUGUGGAUUCAGGAUGGCCUCAUGAGUCCCACCGCUUUGAUUGAUGAUAUUGCUAGAAGGCAGGUUUUUCGUCCUGUGACA